AUGAUGAAGACCCCAUGGGGCAGCGUCCCAGGGCUGCUGUCGCUGAUACUCCUGAGUCUGCUCCACGUCUCCCAGGCCCAGAGUGUCUGCACUGGGCACCCAGCCAUCCCUGGCAUCCUGGGCAUCCCCGGGGCACCGGGCUCCGACGGCAAACCAGGGACUCCAGGGAUAAAGGGAGAGAAAGGGCUGCCGGGGCUAGCUGGAGACCACGGUGAGCUUGGAGAGAAGGGGGACCCAGGGUUUCCUGGGAUUCCGGGAAAAGUUGGCCCCAAGGGCCCCGUUGGCCCCAAAGGUGCCCCAGGGCCUCCCGGAGCCCGUGGCCCCAAGGGUGAAUCAGGAGACUACAAAGCCACGCAGAAAAUCGCCUUCUCGGCCACACGCACCAUCAACAGCCCCCUGAGGCGGAACCAGGUCAUCCGCUUCGACCACAUGAUCACCAACAUCAACUACGAUUAUCGAAACGGCAAGUUCACGUGCAGGGUGCCCGGCCUCUACUACUUCACCUACCACGCCAGCUCUCGAGGGAACCUGUGCGUAAACCUCAUGCGGGGCCAGGAGCAGGCACAGAAGGUGCUCACCUUCUGCGACUAUGCCUACAACACCUUCCAGGUCACCAUGGGCAGCGUCGUGCUCAAGCUGGGGCUGGGGGAGACCGUCUUCCUGCAGGCCACUGACAAGAACGCCCUGGUAGGCAUCGAGGGGGCCAACAGCAUUUUCACCGGGUUCCUGCUCUUCCCAGAUGCAGAGAUGUGA